AGGAAGGGCUGCAGCAUGUCGGGGCGCGCGCGCAGGCCGCUGGACGACGAGCACGCCGUCGUCGUGCUCAUGUGUGUCGCGCACCACAAGACAUUCUUCACCAAGCUGCUCAACGACUGCCUGCCGCUCGAGAGUCACCUCGACCACAGACUCCACGACCACAUGAACGCGGAGAUCGUAACCAAGACUAUAGAGAACAAGCAGGACGCCGUCGACUACCUCACCUGGACCUUCCUCUACCGCCGUCUGACGCAGAACCCUAAUUACUACAACUUGCAGGGAGUCACUCACAGGCACCUAUCGGACCACCUGUCAGAGUUGGUGGAGACGACCCUGACGGACCUGGAGCAGUCCAAGUGCAUCGCCAUCGAGGAUGACAUGGACGUCCAGCCACUCAACUUGGGGAUGAUCGCGUCCUACUACUAUAUCAACUAUACUACUAUAGAGUUGUUCUCCCUCUCCCUCACAAAUAAGACGAAGAUCCGUGGCCUGCUGGAGAUCAUAUCCUCGGCCGCGGAGUACUCCGAGCUGUGUAUCAGACACCGAGAGGAGAAUAUCAUCAAGGCGUUAGCUGCCAAGGUCCCCCACAAGCCGACCGCGGCGUCAGGCGCUCCGGUCAAAUACAACGACCCACACGUGAAGGCCCACGUACUGUUACAAGCACAUCUCUCUCGGAUGCAGCUACCUGCAGAGCUGCAGGCGGAUACUGGCCUCGUGCUGGCCAAGGCCAUCCGCCUGAUCCAGGCGUGCGUGGACGUGGUGUCCAGCAGUGGCUGGCUGUCCCCGGCGGUGGCGGCCAUGGAGCUGGCGCAGAUGGUGACGCAGGCCAUGUGGGCCAAGGACUCCUACCUCAGGCAGCUGCCGCAUUUCACCGCGGAACUGGUGCAGAGGUGCUCCGAGAAGGGAGUGGAGACAGUGUUCGACGUGAUGGAACUAGAAGACAACGCUCGCGCCAAACUACUGCAGCUGUCACCGACAGAGAUGGCAGACGUGGCGCGCUUCUGUAACCGAUACCCCAACGUCGAACUGACUUACGAGGUCCUGAACGAGCGCCACCUCCGCGCCGGCAAGCCGAUAGUAGUGGAGGUGUCCCUGGAGAGAGAGGACGACAUCGUCGGACCUGUCAUUGCGCCCUUCUUCCCGCAGAAACGCGAGGAAGGCUGGUGGGUGGUGAUCGGUGACCCGAAGACGAACACACUGCUCUCCAUCAAGAGAGUGUCGCUGGCUCGCAGCGCCAAGGUCCGCCUGGACUUCGUCUGCGGGGCCCCAGGGCGUCACACGUACACUCUAUACUUCAUGUCGGACGCCUACCUCGGCGCCGACCAGGAGUACAAGUUCACCGCGGAGGUAGCUGAGGCCGCCUCCGACUCCAGCGACUCGGAAUGAACAUUAUAUUAUUAAAUACUGCUUUACAUAUUUCAA